UGUGACAACCCAACUAGUAACUCAUUCAUUACUGCCUACAAAACAUUACUGCUGAAUAAUUUAAUUUCGUCUCAAUCUCCUGGAGCUAAUUGUGAAGACUUCGCAGAAGACUCGUUGAUCUCUUAUAAACAUUUCUUCUCGUGUAAUCUCGAACAAUCAUCAUCGGUUGAAUUAUCAGUUAGUUUACCAGUUCAAAGUAAUAGAGAAUUGGAUGAUACAACAACAGAAUUAAUGAAUGCCACACAUAUAUAUAUUGCCGGUUUUGUUGCAAAAAAACUCAACAGAGAAUUAUACAAAAAUUGCGAAGAAUGUCUAAAGAAAAUUUGCACAAAUCAAGUUUCAAAAGAUCACGAUUUGAUUGUUGCCAGGGACAACCAAGCUUGUAAUAAAUUAUCUUUAAAAUACCCAGCUAAACCAUUUCAUCAAAUGCUUCACAACAUUAUUGUGUAUAUUGGUCAACAUCUACCAUCAAAAUGUCACUUUUUGGGAAUAGGAGAAAUGAUUGCUGAAGGAAUAUUAAAUAAGUUUGAUUUAACUGCUUUGUAUUGCAAAAAUCAUGACAAAGCUUUUGAAAAAAAGAUUGUAAAAUCAAUUGUUAAAUUAUUUAUCGAUCACUGGUGUACUGAAGUUAAUCGUAUUUUAUUUGGUAAAAGAUCAUUACAACGGGGAGAAAAUGAUCCUAUCAAACAACUGGCUUCAAUAUGGCACACAAAACAUAAAAAAAAAAAACCUAUCACUGGAAAAUUUAACCAAGUAAAAUAAACCAAAAAUGUAUUUUUUAUUUAUUAUUGUUAUUAAUUCAUUGUUAUUACGAGUUUCAACUAUUUUUA